GGGAGGCUGGAGGCAGGGAGCGCGGAGCGAGCGCUUGGGAGCACGCGCGGCGCUCUUCUCCUUCUCCACCACUUCCAAGGCCAGCUCAGUCUUGGUUUCGCCACCCUCCGCCCCAUUUACGGGAGGGGAGAUUUCAAAUUGCCCCUUAGGUGCUAGUGAUGUUUCUUCGUGUUCGUUCAGUUUCCGGAAAAGAAUGGUAACAUGAACACUGGAGCGUAAGAGCGUCACAGGAGGAAGAAGAGAUUGAUGGGCAGGGCGCUUACUUGGCAAAGGAUCUCAUUCUGAGGACCGCGUGAGGAGGGGACGUCGUGGCGCCUUUACUUCCUUGCUGGACUCCGCUGACAUCUGUAGCCUCCUUGCAUCAGGUUACUAGGUGGCGGAACCGCUGGCUGCAGAGAAGUGUUUAGACAGCGCGUGAGGAUAGGAGUUAGUAGACCUUUGUCCAAAGAAGUGUUCAGCCUCGGAUCCGAUCCUCCUGGAUCCCCGUGGAGCCCGCCGGCACGCUGGCUCCAGAGGGAGUUGGAUUUGAGUUCAGAUGGCCAACUCCCUCUGAAUCCUGCAGAUUGUUGCUGAGCACACAACAAAAGUUUUUAGCUUCUCCUCAGUUUCUGGUGCUUCCCAGGGCAGAGAAAAGGACUUUGACAUUAAACACAAGAAGCAGUCAGGGGACUAUCUCCUUUAACUUUUCUUCUCUGUUAUCAUUUGCAAUGAAGAGGAAACAGAAGAGAUUUCUGCAGAUGACUUUGUUGUUCAUGGUGGCUUUAAUUUUCCUGCCCAAUAUUGGUCUCUGGUCUCUGUACAAGGAUAAGCACCUGGUGAAAUCUACAGAGCCUGGGGAGCAGCAGACGUUUCCACUGGGCCUAGGAGAUGGGCAAUUCUAUGCCUGGACAAAUGGUUUGAGAAGAAAGGACUGGCAUGACUAUGAAAGCAUGCAGAAAGAGGCUUUGCGAUCAGGGAAAGGUGAACAUGGGAAACCAUAUCCCCUCACUGAAGAGGAUCAUGAUGAUUCAGCUUACAGGGAGAAUGGAUUUAAUAUUUUUGUCAGCAACAAUAUUGCUCUAGAGAGGUCCCUGCCAGAUAUUCGCCAUGCUAACUGUAAGCACAAGAUGUAUCUGGAAAGGCUGCCAAACACCAGUAUCAUUAUCCCAUUUCAUAAUGAAGGUUGGACCUCACUCCUACGGACCAUACACAGUAUAAUUAACCGAACCCCAGAGAGUCUGAUAGCAGAAAUCAUUCUAGUAGAUGACUUCAGUGACAGAGAACACUUGAAGGAUAAGUUAGAAGAGUAUAUGGCCCGAUUUUCCAAAGUGAGAAUUGUUCGCACCAAGAAAAGGGAAGGACUCAUCCGGACUCGACUCUUGGGGGCCUCCAUGGCGAGAGGAGAAGUCCUGACCUUCCUCGACUCCCAUUGCGAGGUUAAUGUGAACUGGCUACCCCCACUCCUUAACCAAAUUGCACUAAACCACAAAACCAUCGUGUGCCCUAUGAUCGAUGUCAUUGACCACAAUCACUUUGGGUAUGAGGCACAAGCUGGGGAUGCCAUGCGAGGAGCCUUCGACUGGGAAAUGUACUACAAAAGAAUCCCCAUCCCUCCAGAGCUCCAGAGGGCAGAUCCCAGCGACCCUUUUGAGUCCCCUGUUAUGGCCGGAGGUCUCUUUGCUGUGGAUCGAAAAUGGUUUUGGGAAUUAGGUGGCUAUGAUCCAGGUUUAGAAAUCUGGGGCGGAGAACAGUAUGAAAUCUCUUUUAAGGUUUGGAUGUGUGGAGGAGAAAUGUUUGAUGUUCCAUGUUCUAGAGUUGGUCAUAUCUACAGAAAGUACGUCCCUUAUAAAGUUCCAUCUGGGACCAGCCUGGCAAGAAACCUGAAGCGAGUGGCUGAGACCUGGAUGGAUGAAUUCGCUGAGUACAUUUAUCAGAGGCGGCCAGAAUACAGGCACCUCUCCACGGGAGACAUCUCUGCACAGAAGGAGCUUCGCAAGCAGCUCAAAUGCAAGGACUUCAAGUGGUUCAUGGCUGCUGUGGCCUGGGAUGUGCCUAAAUUCUACCCCCCUGUGGAACCUCCACCUGCUGCCUGGGGGGAGAUUCGAAAUGUGGCAGCAAAUCUGUGUGUGGACAGCAAGCAUGGAGCCACAGGAACAGAGCUGAGGCUGGACAUCUGUGUCAAAGAUGGCUCUGAAAGGACGUGGUCUCACGAACAGCUUUUUACCUUUGGAUGGAGAGAAGAUGUUCGACCUGGUGAGCCACUGCACACUCGAAAAUUUUGCUUUGAUGCUAUCUCACACAGCAGCCCAGUGACGCUUUAUGAUUGCCACGGUAUGAAGGGGAACCAGCUCUGGGGAUACCGCAAGGACAGAACAUUAUUCCAUCCUGUGAGCAACAGCUGCAUGGAUUGCAAUCCCGCAGAGAAGAAGAUUUUCAUGGCCAGAUGUGACCCUCUAUCUGAGACUCAGCAGUGGAUUUUUGAACAUAUUAAUAUGACUGUUUUAGAAAAAUUUAACUACCAUGCCAGCUCCUAGAAAGAAAAAAGGAAGGAAGAAAAAGUGAUUCCCUACAGAUUACUAACUAAAUUUUGGCCAGCAUCUGGGUCGAAGGAGUCAGGAAUAACAUUUCCUAGAUCCAGGAAGCCUGGUUUAAAGAUGUAUAAAGGCCAUGUUUAAGUAGGUUGUCCUGAAGAACUUCCUGCAUCUGAAGAACUUGGCUGAGAACCUCACCAGCUGCUUCUGAGAACUUGAGACUAGCAGUUCCCUUGCUGGCCAAGGGCAAUGAUUAUUUAGGGACUUUUCAAAACGACUGCUGAGUUAAUAAAUCCUAGCAUUUCUCAGGUCAAAUCCUGCAGUAGUGAGUAGCUAUGAAUGGAUCCUAUUAAUUGGGUGGGAGGGGGGUGGAAAUAGAGUGCAUGACUACUCUGACAGACUAAGGAAACCACAGCGGUGGUUUAGAACUAGACACAAGGGGUGAGCUGUACUCUUUGGUGCCAUUCUCUGACUAAGAAUUGGUUACGCAGGUUUAACCCUUAAAAGUGCUGCAGAUGAUUUUAGAGUGCUCAUACCGUUCUGUAUUCUUUUACUUUUACACUCCACAGUGAUAUCUAAGGACUUAAAAUGUAAGACGUAAAUUACAUAAUAGAAUGAACUUUCAGUGUUCUCAUUCUUUUAGUUUACAGUUACUUUUUGUUUUGUUCUGUUUUUGAGCAGAGGUAACUUAUUGUUCAUAAACUUCAUGCUCCAUAAAUCAGCUGAAGUUCUAAUUCAGUGCCCGUGUAUGAAACCAGUUAAAUAAGCUCACAAUAUUAAUAAUAAUUACAAUGCUACCAAGUUACUCCAAAGAGAAAGAUUUCACAGAGGCAGCAAAACCAUAUAAUGUUUAGGAAAAUGAUUUCUCUAAAAAUCUAUUUUUACUUUUCUAUUAUUUUUUAAAUUUUAAAAGUUUGAUGUUUGUCCAGUCAUAACUUUUAUUAAGGAAGGAAAUGGAGUGUGGUUGAUGUAAUUUGUUUAGGAGAUUCUUAAACUCAAAUAAAUCUACACUCCAAGUGGCGUGUGAAAUGACUUGGUUCACUUCAGUUGUUUCAUUAGCGUUGGGGGCCUGGAAGUGGUUUUGUUGGUUGGUUUUUUUGUUUUCUAUUAUUGACACUGGUGUAUUAUUGUUGCUUUAUUUAGAAGCACGUAGAAGAAAAUUCCAUUAAUAAAAUGUUUCAGGAACCAUUUUCUGUUACUGAGACAAUAUUUCAGGGGUUAAAAAAAGAAUUAUUUUUAAAAAAUCAAAUGGAACAUUCAAUUCUUAAAGGAUUUUUUUUCCAUUUAAUAAUGAUGGAAUUGAGAGAAAUAUACAGAUAUCGAGAUG